CCGGAGGAUCCGCUACAUGAUCAGCAAGGGUGGGAGUGAAGCCCUUCUGCGGACCCUGGUGGACACGGCCAGGACGGACUCUCCGGACUAUGUCAUCCUCCUGCCGCUCUUCCGGCUGCUGGCCAAAGUUGGCCUCCGAGAUAAAAAGUUUGGACAGAAGGCACUGGAAUUGGAAGCACUUGACGUGACAUUGAUUCUGGCCAGGAAAAACCUGUGCCACAGCCAGAACCUCCUCCACUGUCUCUGGGCUCUGCGUGUGUUCGCCUCUAGUGUCACCACAGGAGCCAUGUUGGGAAUUAAUGGAGCAAUGGAACUGCUUCUCAAGGUCAUCACCCCUUACACUCAGAAGCACACCCAAGUAAUCAGGACAGCCACUGAAGUUCUGGCAGCGUUGCUGAAAUCCAAGUCUAACAGCCGCAGGGCAGUGAACAGAAGCUACGUCCCCCGUUUGCUCAGGCUGCAUCAGGAUUGGCACAGCCACGACACGGCCAAUUCCUUCGUUCCCAUCCGCCGGGCGCUUCUGCUCUGCCUCAAGCAUAUUGCCAAGCUCCGGUCAGGCAGGGAGGCCUUCCUGGCAGCUCAGGGCAUGGAGAUCCUGUUCAACACCAUACAGAACUGCCUGGAUGACCAAAGUCUGGAGCCUGUCAUCUCCAUUGUUCUUCAGAUCCUGAGACAAUGCUACCCUAAGAGUCCGCUUCCCUUGCUCACAAGCAGCAGCGCUUACUCUUUUCCAGUCCCUGGGAUCGUCACCUCUGAAGCUCCACGUGUUCUGACUGAAGAAGAUUAUGAAGAUGACAGUGAGGAAGAAGAGGACAAAGACUCAGACUCUGAAGAUGUGAAAGAGGAAGAUGAUGACUUGGAAACAGACGUGAACAAGCUGAGCUCCAAACCUGGUCUUGACCGACCUGAAGAAGAGCUAAUGCAAUACAAGGCCAUGUGUCUUGAGCUCUCCUGCAGCCUUGAGGAACUGGAGUCCAAGCCUGGAGAUGAUCUGAAUUCUGAUGAGACUGAGUAUGCCAAUCACCAUCACAUUCCGACUGCUGCCUCCCCAAAGGGGCUUUUCUUGAAUAAGGACCAAAUCUCUGGGGGACAAGAAAAAGAAGUUCCGGUCCAAACCUCUCUUCUGAGCAGGGUGAAGAUGGGGAGGUCCAGCAUACAUCUAACUUCCAAAAGAGGACCUGGGAUGAAUUCAUACAGAAAUGCACACUCUAAUGAUCCUGGGAUAGGUUCUUCUGGAAGUGACGUCUCAGACAUUCAGGCAUCCUUCCUAGAGGAUGCUUGGGACAUGGAUGCGAUUUCCUGCCCAAGGAUAAGUGCUUCCUUUUCCAAUUCCACUAAGACUAGAGAAACUGCCGAAUUCAUAGAUCAGCUCCUGCAGACACAUCUGAAGCCUAUGGUCUUCCAUGACCCCUAUCUUUACAUGGCCAAAGCCAGGAGAACCAGAUCUGUGGCUGACUUCACCAUGAUGGCAUUUCCUGAUUUCUGGGGACAUUGUCCACCUCUCUCUGCCCAGCCUAUGUUGCAACGUAAACGUGGAGUCCAAAGGAUCAAGAUACUUGAGGAUGUCCGGAGACUCAUCCAGCCAAGUGAUAUUAUAAAUAAGGUUGUCUUCAGUUUAGAUGAGCCUCGGCCUUUGCAAGAUACUGCUUCUGACUGCUUGCAGUUCUUCUCCGCGUUUGAGUCAGGAAAUCUUCGCAAAGCCAUCCAAGUGCGUGAGUUUGAGUACGACUUACUGGUCAAUGCCGAUGUGAACAGCACGCAGCACCAGCAGUGGUUCUACUUCAAGGUGAGCGGCAUGAGGGCCGCUGCCCCCUACCGCUUCAACAUCAUCAACUGCGAGAAGCCCAACAGCCAGUUCAAUUACGGGAUGCAGCUGACUCUGUAUUCCGUGAAGGAGGCUCUUCUUGGCAGGCCCACCUGGGUACGGACAGGCUACGACAUCUGUUAUUACAAAAAUCAUUAUCGCCAGAGAACAGCUGGGACGGGGGCAGCUUCUGGGAAGUGCUACUACACGCUGACCUUUGCCGUCACCUUCCCUCACGCCGAAGAUGCCUGCUAUCUGGCUUACCACUAUCCCUACACCUACAGUGCCCUCAUGACUCACCUUGACAUUCUGGAAAAAAGUGUGAACCGCAAGCAGGUCUACUUCCGACAGGAGGUUCUCUGCCAGACACUAGGAGGGAAUUCCUGUCCAUUGGUGACCAUCACGGCCAUGCCGGAGUCUGACAGUGCUGACCACCUGGAGCAGUUCCGGCAGCGCCCAUACCAAGUGAUUACAGCUCGAGUUCACCCAGGAGAGAGCAAUGCUAGCUGGGUGAUGAAGGGGACCUUGGAGUUCCUGGUCAGCAGUGACCCCGUGGCUAGGCUCUUGAGGGAAAACUUCAUUUUCAAGAUAAUCCCCAUGCUCAACCCAGAUGGUGUCAUCAAUGGCAAUCACAGAUGCUCACUGAGAGGGGAGGACUUGAACAGACAAUGGCUGUCUCCCAGCGCUCAUCUGCAGCCCACAAUCUACCAUGCCAAAGGACUCCUCCACUACCUGGGCAGCAUCGGUCGGAGACCCACGGUCUUCUGUGAUUUCCAUGGCCACUCCCAAAAGAAGAAUGUGUUCCUUUAUGGCUGUAGCAUCAAAGAGACCUUGUGGCAAGCAGAGGCUACUGUAGGCACAUCAAAUCUCUCGGAAGAUGUCAGCUACCGGACUCUUCCCAAAAUCCUUGAUAAACUCGCACCAGCGUUUACCAUGAGCAGUUGCAGCUUCCUUGUGGAGAAAUCUCGGGCCUCCACAGCCCGGGUAGUGGUGUGGAGAGAGAUGGGCGUGUCCAGAAGCUACACCAUGGAGAGCAGCUACUGUGGUUGCAACCAGGGUCCCUAUCAGGGUCUACAGUUUGGUACUGGUGAGCUGGAGGAGAUGGGAGCCAUGUUCUGCUUGGGGCUCCUCGUCUUAGAACUCAAAUCUGGAAGCUGCAGCCAUCAACUCCUGACCCGUGCAGCAGCUCUGCUGAAUGCUGAGGAAGAGUCUCUGGACUUCUACCUGCAGAGAGGCAGCAGCAACAGCAGCACCGCUUCCGAACUGGAUGACGAGCCUCCCUGCCUGGAAGAGAUUGAGUAUGGUACCGACAGCAGCUCGGAGCAGGAAGGGAGCUUCUCAGAGCUGGACCAGCAGAUCCAAGAGUGCGCUUUCCACAAGGAUGAGGGAGAGGAAGAAGAGGAGGGGACAGGGCAGGGAAGAAAAGCCAUCCCUUAACCCUGAGGCUCAUGGCAAGUUCUGUGCCUCUGGCCACUGGAUUAGCUGCCACGCUGCUGCUUUGCCAUCAGACACAUGCAACUUCAGCACAGAAAGCCCAAGUGAGGUCAACAUCCCUACAUCCAAAUUUCAUUCUAGUUUCACUAUUCGUUGAGGGUGGCUACUUCUUAAUUAUAGCAUUUUACAUAUUGAGUUGGUCAAAACAUUCGUUCGGAUGUUAUGGAAAAACCCAAACAAAUGUUUUGGCCAACCCAGUAGUUAGAUGGCUAGAUGUACGCUGUCAUUAUGCUAGAAUGGGAGACUCUCAAGAUUUCCAUGGGUCCUCUAAAGACUGUUCUGAGCUCUUUUCCAUCCCUGCUUAAAACCAGAAUGGACUAGAAGUAGUAGGAGUUCAACUUUCUUCGUGUCUUAUCAACCCAAAUUCUAAGUGAUCAUUCACAUUGUUCUCUAUAUGAGGGUUAUCGCCUCCUGCUAUCUUCCUAUUAUAGCAUCAGAGCUCCUCAACCCACAGCAGGAGCCCCCUUGAAACUGAGGGUCCUGGCAGGGUCUCCCCUUGCUGGCUGAUUGAACAUGGAAGACUGUACCACUGAGUAACUGUCCUUGGUCUCUUUUAAUAGUAUCUAUUUUGCAGAUUCAGUAAAGGCCAGGAGCUGUCCUAUUGGAAGGGGCAUAAUAGUGAAUAAGACAUGACCAGAGUCUUUACAUGAAUAAAACACGGCCAAAGUCUUUACAAAUUUGAAAAUCCUAUGAAAUUCAGGCCACUUACCAUUAUCCUAGGAGGCAGCAAGGCACAGUGGACACUUCAUUCAUUUCAGACUCAGAUAUAUGUGGCUCAUAUCUGAGAUCUGGCACUUGCUUGUUAUGAGAACUGAGGCAAGUAAUCAAAUCUCCCUAAACUACAGUUCAGUGGAGAUGAGUGUGUCUAUAUUACAGAGUUAUUGUGAAGAUGAAAUGAAAUCAUAUGUAAAAGUACAGAGUUUGGCGCAUUGUAGACAAUAAAGUUGGUUUAUUUUCCACCAUAACAUAGGCAGAACAUGCUAUGGAAGUAUUCUCAGUUAGUAAAACAGGCUAUGGAGUCACUUGGUUGGGAAAUACUCUCUCUUCCUGGAGGGGUUCAGGACAGGAGUUUCUGUUGGAGCAGAGCCUAGGAGGCUGCCGUAGCUUAGGGCACGUGAAAAUGCAGCAAGGCCCUGCAACAGAAAGAUGGAAACAGUUUGAAAAUGGAAAUGGUGUGAUGUAUAGGGCCAAAGCAUAAAGGAUGAGAAGAGACUGGGAAGGCAGAUUAAAAGGGAAGAUAAAGCAGAGAUAAUAUGUUAGAGCAAGUGUAUGUUUGUCCAGAUGCCAUUCAUAUUUUGUGAUAAUUAGGUUUGGCUGCAGGAGAUGGAAAAUCCAAAACAGCAUAGUAGCUUUUUUAAGAUUGAAGUCCAUUUGUCUGUCAUGUGGAAUUCCAGAUAUAGGCAGACCAGAGCAAGCACCAUGAGUGCCUGGUGCCAGGCACUGAGCUUCAGCAGCCUCCUAGCCCACAUGGUGUGUUGCUUCUCCUGUUGGUCUCAGACAGCUGCUGAAGCCUCCCACUUUGCAUCUCCGUCCCAGUCAGCAUUAGGAAGGACAGAAAUAGGAUAUCAUCUUCUUCAUAUUUCCAAAACUAUGCAUACUACUUCUGCUUAACCUCACCAUCCAGAAAGUUGUCCUAGGAACAGAAGUAGCUGAAAGGGAGGUUGGAAAAUGCAGUCUUUAUUUGAGGCAGGCAAUGCUAAAAAUCGGAAAUUUAAUCUGAAGUGAAAACGAUGCAUAUUGAGGAUCAAAAACAUGCCAAAGAAACUUUUCCUAGUAUACCUAGCACUGCUAAGAGAUUUUGGAAACAGAAUACUUUCAGAGAAAACUAACAGUCCACACUUCUAGAAAAGCAGAAAGCCGUAGAAAAAUAAAAACUUUUUGCUAUAAUUUAGCCCCAAAGAAUGUGACAAAGUUAUGUGUGCUGUGAUUUAGGAAGUAGACAUUAUUAUUACAUUAUUACAUUAUUAUUAUUAUUAUAAAUAGGCCCUUAUUUUCUGACUCUUUUUCAAAUUUCUUUACCAUCAUUCAGAAAUCAUAAUUCAUUCUUUAUAUUAAGGCACUCAGAUUUCUGUAAUGUACACAAGAAGUUUGAGGGAAAUAACAAAGACACUGAAUUCAAAUCCAAGUUGAAAACAUCUCUUAACUUCUCACAUAUUCAAUGUUUCCACUCUUAAAUAGAGGAUGGCAUAAUGCUUCUGUUUGUUUCUAUUUUUUGUUUGUUUGUUUUUCACUGCUUUGAGGGUCAAGAAGAUGACAUUGUUGACUAUGUAAAUGGUGAGAGGAAUGGAAAUAAUCCUAACACGUCAUCAAUUUGCAUCUCAGCUCAAAAUUGUUUAUUUAACAUGCUUUUGAGAAUGUGCCCAGGGCAGGUAGAUUUCUACGUGAUGUGCUCAGGAAAAGCCAAGAAUAUGGACUGUUUGUUGAUCCAUCUAUUGUAACAAAUAUAUAUUAAG